GUUUCUCAAAUUCUCCGGAUUAUAACAUUCUAUUCUACCCAGCUUCCAGGUCCAAACUAUCAUUGCCGUGAGGGCUCUAAACUUGCCAGGUUGCCACGUCCUCAGAGUGUACUCGAAGUCCUCUUAAUUAAUUUUCCGCGGGGCGUAGUAUAUGGUUGUGGUGAUUUGAUUUUUUCAUCACACAUGAUCUUUACUUUAGUCUUUGUGCUCACAUAUCAGAAAUAUGGCACUAGAAGGUUUAUAAAGCAGUUUGCUUGGUUGCUUGCUAUUGUUCAGAGCUUCUUGAUUGUAGCAUCUCGCAAACAUUACACGGUUGAUGUUGUUGUUGCCUGGUAUACUGUUAACUUAGUGGUGUUCUUUAUAGACAAGAAAUUGCCUGAACUGCCUGAUCGUAACAGUGGAAGUUCACCUCUGUUACUGCCUGUGAGCACCAAAGACAAGGAUGGUAGGACUAAAGAGGAAAAUCACAAGCUCUUGAAUGGAAAUUCAGAUCCCUCAGAUUGGAGGCCGAGAACACAAGUCAAUGGCAAGAUUAUGGAAGAUGGCAAUGGAGUCCAUGUUGAUAGUGCAAUGAAUGGUGCUUAGAUGAUGGAAGUUGCCAAAGCUACUGCAGUGGGGGCUGCCGCAAAGGCCACUAAUUGAAUUCUUGUAAUCAUGAAUUAAAGGUUUAGUUGCUUGAGUCAUCAGUUCCUUUGCCUGAGACUGGUAAAGAAAAUUGAUUUGUAUUUUAGAGAAAAUGGAGUUUGGGUAAUAGGUUUGUAUAUUUUGCAGUCAACUCUCCUCUUAAGUUUUGGUCCAACAUCAGCAUCAGCAUGUAUCUUAUCAUGGAAUGGUAAGAUUUCUAGUGUUGCCAUUGUUCUCCAUGGGGAUAGUUUCCUCUUGUAUUGUUGCUGUUGCUGUUGAAACUCCCCUUGCUAUUAAAUUUAUAAGGUCAAUAUAAUCAUCUUGCAAAAGCCAAAGGCUGUUGGGAAUGA